GGGACAGGGCCCGUCGAGGAGAGGAGGAUUUCGCGUCCGUAUACCGAUUUCCGACGUGCACUCGACGGAGAGGCUUCCGCUUUGGACAACGAAACGUCGUUCGCCGUCGGAGGCCGUCCGUCGAUCUCUCUACGCCGGUCUCCGCGUAGUUCUCCAUCUCUCGGACCCUCCUCUCUCUCGUUCGGUCUCUCGCCCGUCCGCUCGCAACCCCCGUCGUCUUCGGGACGCCCGGUGUUGUAGCACCGCAGUACUCGCCUCGAUACAUAGAGACACGUAUAACGUCAAACUACUUUUCGCGGUGCGCUAAAGGAGCGAGAGAGGUGUGCCCCGCUCCAUCUCCCAUUGGGCUUCGAGAAAGCAGACGAAGGGACAAACAACUUGGAGACGGACAGUCUCCAACGCGCGACACUUCUUUCCUUCGAGGGACAUCCCGUUAAUCACGGGCGACGUCAUCGUUCGCAUAUUACCGCAGUGGUAACAGCCCUCCAGGAUACUUUCGGAACCUGGAAUUCAGUUCGUUGAGGCUACCCCGGCUCGUGGUACCCAGGAAUAUUGCUGGGGGAGUGUAACGAGUAACCAGCAAUGAGUACCACGGACCCUACCGGGGAGGGUGGAGGAGGGGGAGGAGGAGGAGGAGAAAGCGCUACAACGACUAAUGUCGAGCAGACUCCAUCCCCAAGCACUCCGAUCACUGGCACCUCCGUACCGAUGCAGGCAGCCACUCAACAACAACAGCAACCGCAACAACAUCCGCCACCGUCACCCUUGAGUGGCUGCUACCUUCUCGUGGUGCUUCCUGAGCCUCAUACCGCACAACAUAAGGACCUCAUCCUGAAUCGCCUCGCAAAAGGUUUUCUAUCAUGGGACAAGGACAGUUGUCACGUAGAUCUGGAGAAGGAAUUAUUGGCCUUAGUAGCGCAAGCCCCCGAAGGCGAAGAAGCCAGAAAUGGCGAAAGGUUGAUCCAAUAUGCCACCGAGAACCUCGUAACGGAAGUUCUUAUUCACCCACAGACGAAUACGUUAUUACAGUGUAUUCGCAAUCUCCUUGCAAGCUUCACGAAACAUCGGCACAUCAUACACGCUGGAUACACAUUCGGUGGUAAUGGUUCCUGGAUACUGCAGGAUGGAACCUUCAGUCUCGCAGACUUUCUGGAUGCGUUCAGCGAACAUGAGGUGCAAAGAGUCCUUCGUGCCUACGAGAAUAGCGUUACCGUAGAUAUACAUUGCGCGGGUGUUGGCGAUUGGACGACAAGUCGAUUGUUGAAAGAGGCUUGUUGCAGAUCUUGCAGAGUCAGAGUGAAUCCCGACGAUGUUCUCACAGCCGGCGUGCCGGCUAUCAUGAGUUUUACGAAUUACAUCGGACAGUACCUCGUGUCGCAAACACUGGACCAGCUCAUGGAACCGUCCGACGUCGUUGGAAACAUUAGAUUUAGCCAUCCAACCUUAUACGUCUUCCCCGGUGGGCAAGGUGAUGCCGCGCUUUUCGGUAUAAACGGCUUCAAUAUGCUCGUCGACGGCGGCUUUGCUAGGAAAGCAUGUUUUUGGGACUUCACCAGGCAUCUCGACCGAUUGGAUGCUGUUCUAGUCACUAGGAUAAAUAAUAGUAACAUCGGCGGCAUGUUUAGCGUUCUUCGCAAGAAGAAGGAGAUGCACGUCUAUCCUCAAAUCGGUCAUUUCUUCUGUAACUUAGUUGAAAGAAGACAAUCAAAUUCACCAGACGGCGAUAAGGACAUUGAUCCACUCAUUUUCAACCUUACUGACAUUGGUCAAGAGAUGGUGAUGAAUCUUCGACACGUUAAUCUUCGCGCCCAUCCUUGCUACAGAGAUCCCGAUCCGAUCAACCUCUAUCACAAGGUGGGCCACGGCACGCUGGAUAUGUACGUGCUCAGCCCGAGCAAGGACAGUCGCGAAGUGCGCGAAUUCCUGGCGAAGUGGCACACGUCAGAUUCGAAGCUGUUUGCAGGUUCUCACAAGAAAGAUUCGAACAAUCUCACAUUCCCGAUACAGAAUCUUGUGUCGAUAUGUGCACUCCUAGUUUGGCAGCCGGCCAAUCCCGAGGAUAACAUCACGCGGAUUCUCUUUCCCGGCAGCACGCCGCAACACAAGAUCUUCGAAGGUUUCGAGCGAUUAAAACAUCUGGACUUUUUGAAGCAUCCAGUAUGUUCAGCGAAGACUCUGUCACCGUCAGUGUCUUUAGCGACACUCAGAGAUAAACCAACCAAACAAAAACUUAGUCUUAUCGAGAAAGAGCCCAAGAAAAUUUUGGAGCCAAAGAAAGAGAAGAGAGAACCAUCGGAGCCCAAGUCCAUCAAGGCCGUAGACGAGACUGUACCCAAGAGUAUCCUUCAAUCGACGCCGAUUAUACCUGCUAGUAAACCUAAGACCGAAAUGAAAACGAAGAAAGUUGUGGAAAAUAAGAAGAUCGAGACUGAGGCAAAAGAGAGUAAGAAAAUUGAAAAAGAACUGAAAGAGGUGAAAAAGGAGCCCAAGAAGGAACCAAUUAAAGUGGAGAAGCCCGAAAAACGAGAAGACGAUGUGAAAAAGUCUGAUUUAAUCAAACCGGAAUCUGAGAAAAUCAAAGAACCUAAGGAACCUAAAGAACCUAAGGAACCUAAGGAACCGAAGCCCAAGCCCGAACCAAAAAAGAAAGAACCAAAAGAAAGCAAGGUGAAAGUUGAAUUGAAGAAAAGCGAAGUAACUCCGAAGCCGAAGUUGAUUGAGAAAAAAGCCAAACCUUCUGGUGCAGAGAAAAGAGACGCCGUGAAAUCCUCCCCGACUACUCCGAAGAAGACUCUGAAUGGUGCUGCAACAAAGACAGAGAUAUCGAAAGCUGUACCGAAGGUGAAACCGGCGGUCAAGGUUGCUCCAAGUCUUCCAGCCAAGAGUGCUAAGGAAGCUAAUAACAGAAAAGUGGUGGAACAGAAGAAAUCUGAAGUUGAGAAGUCUGCCGUGAAGGAUUCUGCAGCGCCCGUUGUCAAGAUGACCGCAAAACCUAAACCAAUGGAUAGGAAGCCGAUUAGUCGUCGCGCGAAACCGGUUAGUCCCAAUAAAGCCCGUAUGCCGGGUAGUCCGGCGAAAUCUACUCGCAGUACUCCGACCGCGUCUGUAAAAUCGGACAAAGACGGUGUUAUUCGUAAAGUGAAGGGCGACAAAGGCACUACCGAUUCAUCCACGGUCUCCACUCCAUCUGGCGUAGAACCAGAAGUUGUAAAACCGAUUGAUAAGAGCUUAAUCGAACAAUCUGAAGAUAUAUCAUUAGAUUCAAUAGAAAGUAAAGUAUUGGCAGAUCUCAAAGAAGAGCGAGAAGUAGUGGAAGAAAUUGAAGCUGUUUUACAAAAGGCGGAAAGAAUCGAAGAGAUCCGAAAGGACGAUCGUUUUGAAGGUGAUGAUGAAAUCACGGCUGAAGCCACUGAUAAGAAAGAGGAGGAUAUUACAGAAGAGGAUGUUACCGCCGAGAUUGAAGAUGUACCUAAGAAGGAAGGUUCAAGAAAAGAAAGUCAAGAAUUAACUGAAGAGGACGAAUAUCUUAUCGUGGAGAAAGAAGAGGUUUACACUGAAGAUUCUGCUCAGAGCGGCGAGGGCGAACAAAAGCAUGUUCUCGACGAAGCUCAGUCGGAAAAGGCAAAAGUACUAAAAGACGUGGAGGCAAUGAAGGAAAAGGGCGAGAAGGAGGAACCUGAGGAAAAGGGAAAAGAUGAUAGUCCGGAAAAGAAAGUAGAAAAGAUUUUGGAUAAAGAAGAGAAAGAAAUUGUUGAGUUAUCUACGGAACAUAAGGAACAAUUACAGGAAGAAGUAAAAGAGAUAAUAGCAUCCGCAGCCGAAAUCAUACAAAAAGCCGAAGAGAAAGACGACUCCGGUAAAAAAGACAGCGAGGACAUCACGAAAGAACCAUCCAGUUUAAGUCCAGAUAAAUUUGAUUCAUCGGAGAAAAAAACAACCGAUACGGAUAUAAAGCCGGACGUCGAUCAGAAGGAGAAUAUUCUCGAAAAGAUGGAAGAAUCUCAGGAACGAAUCUCGACAAUAGAAUCGGGGGCCACCACAACUGCUCCGACUUUGCCAGAAGACGAACGAAUACCGUUAGAUGAAAUAAAAGAGGAUAUUGACGAGAAACAUGUUAUUGAAGAAGUAAAGGAGAAGGAUGCUCCUGCAAAGCUGAAAAAGGAAAUCAUUCCGGAAGCUGUUCUCGCGGCUGCCAAGCCGGAAGUCAAAGUAUUUGAUGUUCGUCAGGCGAUGCCGAAUUUGCAAAGAGACAUUGUUAAAACACCAGACGAGGUUGCCGAUCUUCCGGUUCAUGAAGAAGUUGAUCCUAAGCUCUACAGGAUGGAAGAUUUCGAGAAGGGAAAAGAAGAGAAGCUAUCGCCAACUGCACAAGAAGGUAAAGAAUUGCCCACCCCGCCCGCAAAAGAGCAGAAGGGUGUUUUUAGUUUCUUUGGCAAAGUAGCGGAUAAAUUCGAAAAAGGUAUCGAUAAAUUGACCAAGAAAAAGAAGGAUUCUGAGAAGGAUUCCGAUGAAAAAUCUUCCUCAAAAUCAAGUUCUCCAAAAGAACCAAAAGUGCAAGAGAAGACGCUCUUGGAAGAGGUUGAUAUGGAGAAGAUGUUCCCUAAAAUUGGCAAACCUGUUGACAAACCUGAAACGUUCGAAGAGGCGAAACCUACGACUGUUGACGUGAAAGUAGCUGCCAUCAAGGAAACCGCGGCGUUUAUACAGGAAGAGAUACUGGACGCACAGAAGAAGAGAGUGCCGGAUAUCGAAGAAAAGCUUCCUACUGAUAAGUUGGAUGAAAUUAAAAAAGUAGAAGCCAAAAUCGAGGAAUCAUUCCUUGCAAAGGACGUAUCACCAGGCGUCGUUUUGCCAACAAAACUAAUUGAAGACAAGGAAAUUGCGAAGGAGAUUGAACUUUUGAAGGAAGAAGAUAUCGGAGAAGAUGUAGAAGAGAUAAAGGCACUUUUGGAGGAAGCUUCGAAAAAAUUCAAAACUGUGAAAGAUAGUUUAAGAGAUUCAUUGGAAUCUUUGGAAGACAAAAUUAAAGAAGAAAUAGCUGAGAUACAUGAAACGCCAUCCGCCCUGAAAGAUACAGUAAAGGAUACCUUGGAAGGGGUGGCUGAGAAAUUGGAAGAAAUAAAGCCACAUAUUGAGAGCCACUUGCCCGACAUAAAAGAACCGGACAAGGUCAAGUUUGCUAUACCAAAAGAUGAAGAAUUCGAAGAGGAAUACGAAGAGGAAAUAGAGGGUCCAUAUAGAGACAUGAAAGAAGCUGUUAGGGACGUCGGAGAAGUCCUUGCUGGCACUGCCGGUAUCGAGCUCGAAGAUAAACCCAAGGAUGUCAUAGAAAUUGUGAAGAAAGUCGCCGAGGUUCUCAGAGAAGACGAUUUUCUUUCCGACAAAACGUUAUUCGAGCAAGCUCCUAAAAAAGAAGAGAUUUCACCGAUUUCGACGGAUAGAAAGCCAUCGAAAGAAGAAAUCUCCCCAAUUUUAACAGAAAGGAAGCCUUCUAUACCAAGUGAAAAAAUAUCUCCAGAGAAGGUUGCUAAAUUAGAAGAAGAGGAACUCAAUCUUGUUCACGAGGAUAUUGUGAUGCCGAAGAAAGUUGAUGUUACUGAAGUAUUUCCGAUUCAUGAAGAGCUUGAGAAAUUUGAGAAGCCCGACAAACUUCCAUACGAGAAAUCUGGCGCUCUCGAGGUAAAGGAAGAACCCUGCGUAAAAGUGGUGAAAGAAAAGGACGAUAUUGUAACAUCGCCUAUGAAGGACGUGACGAAAGAUAAACAGGAUGCACAAAAAAUUUGUGAGGAAAUAUUAAAGGACGAUCAACAUAUUUGCGAUCAACAUAAAAAACCGGCGGACGAUGAUACAUCCCGGGUAGAUGUGAUGCAGGCUGGUAUCGAGGGCGUAUGCGUGAAGGAAGUAGCGAAACGGCCAUCUUUCGAGGAGAAGCUGGAGGACGAAAUAGAAGAAUCCGUGAUCGGCUUCGAGCAAAAGGUUUCGCCGGCGAAGGCGGAGAUAGUGAUGGUGACUCCCGGUUCUACGCCAACUUCGCCGAAAUUUGUCACAGACAAGAUAUAUGACGAAGGAUUGGAAAUUGGUUAUCGUGAGUUGCCGGAGGAUAUCAAGCAAAUUCUCAGCAGAGAAGUGCCAGUUGAAGAAAUAAUCGAGGAAUUGAUUAUCACGAAGAAGAAGAAGGUCACUAUCGAAGUGAUCGAAUAUAUCACCGUAACGAAGCGCAUCCCGAGAGAACGCGUGAUUUACAUUAUCGAAGAGAUUAUCACGAAGAAGGGACUUUCCAGAGAAAGUGUGAUGGACGAUCCAGAGAUUCUGAGGCUGAAGGAAUCUAUCACGCUUGAAAAGAGAAUGGAGGUCGAAGAAUAUAUCCUUAACGAAUAUAUUGUUAAAGGAAAACAAAUUACCAUAGAAAUCGUUCAAGAAAUCUCGAUUAAGAAAGUUGUGCCUAAGAAGAUUGUCAUCGAAAUUAUUGAAGAGAUCAUUGUUAAGAGAAAACUUGCUAGACAUAUGAUACUAAACGUUCCUGAAGAAGUAUUAUCGGAAAUAAUUCAAGAGAAAUCGCCGGAAGAAUCGCCAGAGCAAUCAGCAGAGGAGCAGAUAACAGAGGAACAGAAAAUAGAUAUAACUGCGAAACAAGAAUCCGCUGCUGAAGUUCCUGAUAUUUUAACUGGAGAAGAAGAACUAAUCGAUGAAUGCGCGUUUAAGACUUAUAUUGAGGAAUUUAUCGUUAAUGAAUACGUUAUUAAGGGGAAAAAGAUUACCGCAUCGACAAUCGACGAAAUUUCUAUUCAAAAGUCAGUGCCCAAGCAAAUUCUUAUCGAAAUUAUCGAAGAAAUUAUUAUUAAAAAGAAGAUUUCCAGGAAUACGGUACUUGAUGUUACGGAGGAAGAAUUAUUAGCAAUUUCUAAAAAGAUAUCUGAGGACGAAAAAGAAAAAUUAGUCGCUGAGAUACCUAGCGUUCCAGAGACAGAGGUUCCAGAAACGGAAUCGAUAACUUCGCAAAAAAGAACGGAAGUUGAAGAAUAUAUUAUUAACGAAUAUAUUACCAAGGGAGAUAACAUUAAUAUUAAAAAACUUGAAGAAAUAUGUGGUGAAAAGAAGGUGCCUAAGAGAAUCAUUAUUGAGAUUAUCGAAGAAAUUAUCAUUAAAAGAAAAAUACCGAGACAUACAAUACUUAGUGUAACUGACGAAGAAUUAUCGCAUAUUAUCAAGGAGGAAGCGAUUCCAGAGUCGCAAGUACUGACUGAGAAAAUAAAAUCGGUCACAGAAAUGCUCAGUACUGAAGAGAAAAAAAGUCCAAUUGAGUUAAAAAAAGACAAGAAAGAAGUUGCGCUUGAGCAAGAAAUGAGCGCUGCAGAGGAGUUAUCGGUCACAUCCGAAGAGGAGGAUGUCGAGGAGGAAGUGGAUGGAUUUGUUAGUAUACCCAGAAGGAUUUCCGAUACGGCUGACACAAAGAAGAAAGCGAUUUCAGAGAUUUCGUCUUCAGCUGCGAAGGAACAUGAGAAAGACGUGAUUGACGACUUUGAAGCUGUCGAGCAGGAAUAUAAAGUACGUGAUGUACCAGUCACGUCUCCCGAGAAAGCGAGCGAGAUGAAAGAAAAAGAAGACAUUGAAGAAUCUGUGGAAGAUACCACGAGUGAAGUGAUCGAAGCAGACGAGAAGUUCGUACAAGAAACCAAAGGAAAGGUGGAAAUAGAAGAGCUUCAAAUUGCAAAGGACAUUAAACCAAUUGAUGCGAAACGAGAACCUGUAGAACGGGAAAUAUCCGAAACAUCGGAAAUUGUCGAUACUACUGAGAAAUAUUUAGACGAGGCUAAGGAAAAGACGGAUGAUAUUCUUCAGAAAGAGACUGCUACAACAUUGACGCCAUCAAUCUCCGACAAAGCAGAAAAACCUUCAAUCGAAGACUCAAGUAAGGAACCACCCAAAGACUUCUCUGAUAAGCGACCAUCAAUUGACGCACCAGAUAUUUCUAAAUCAAUUACACCAAGCCCAAAGAUAAUUGAUGAAAAACUUGGAAUGAAAGAAAUUGAGCCUGCGGUUAAAGAAGUCGAGGAAUUGCAACUUAAAAAAGUUGCUGAAGAAGCGAAGGCAGAAACAAAACUCGCAGAUGCAACAGGCUUCACACAAGAGCCGAAAAUAGAAUUAUUUGAAGACGAUAAGAAAUCUAAACCAUUAGAAACCACAGAAAUUAAAGAAGCUCCAAUAAUUAAGGAAGAAAAGAGCCCUCAAGAAACAUUAACAGCAAAUAUACCAAAACCAUUUGACGAUGGCACUGUCAAAAGGAUGUUGGUUACAGCAUGUAGCGAGGAUGGCAGAGAGGAAACUGAGAUCUGUCCAAGCGGCAGCAUAACUUUUACGAAAACGGUUACUCCAGAUGAUUCUCUUAAAGAUGUAUCUGCUAAAUCUACACCAGAUAAAGAUUCAUUACUUUUAGAUAAAGACUCGCACUCGGACAUAAGUACUCCCGAGAAAGAUAGUAUUUCCGAAAAAUCUGCGCCAGAAGGUAAGGAUAAGAUUACUCCGGAAGACAGCUUGGAAAAGUUAUCUGCUGAUCCUCGUGAUUCACAGGAUCUUGAAGACAAUUUGGAAAAAUCAGAAUUGCAUAAGCCAAAGGUGCCAGAGGAAUUGGAAGAUAUUACAAAGUCGAAAUCUCCUGUGGAAAAAGAUUUGGAAGUAUCAGAUAAAAUUGCAGAAAAAGAUAUACCGAAGUCGCCUAAAGAGGAACGAGUGGAAUCGAAAUCUCCGACUAAGAAAGAUGCACAAAAAAUUGAAAAAGUGAAAUCUCCAGCUGAAGAAAAGAUCGAGAAACCUAGUUCUCCAGUCAAAAAAAUCGAAAAGUCACGAUCUCCUUCACCUCUUGAUACAACAACGCAGAAAUCUCCAAUAGAAUUAGCUGAAAAACCAAAACUUCCAAUCGAGAAGAUGCUUCCAGAACCUAAAAAAGAAGGAACGAUUGGUGUUCCAAAAACACCUGAAUCGCUCCAUUCAGAAGACGUUUCACCAGCUGAGACAAUUUUCUCGAAGUCACCGACAGAUAAAUCUGAAAUGUAUUUUGCAAAGGCACCUAUUACCGAAGAAGACGUUGCUAUCGAAAAAGACAUAAAAAAAUUACCUGAAUCUAUUAAAGAAAUUAAACCGGCCGUAGACAAAGAAUUACCAAUAUCUUUAGAAAAAUCCGAACAAGAUAUUAAAUCUCUCGAUAAAUCCCCUAGUAUUUUAAGUGAUAAAGUCGAUGAGAAAGAAACUGAUAAGUUAAAAUCGCCUAGUAUAAUGGAGAAAGAGACGGUAAGUGAAAAGUUGCCUAUUUUCAAGAGUGAACAUUACGAUGAAAAGGGACCAAUUGACGAAGCUAGAUCUCCAAGCGCGAUUAGCGAUAAAUCCGACGAGAAGAAGGAGGCCGAACGUUCAAAGUCACCGAGCAUAGCCGCGGAUAAGCCGGACCUUCAAGAUGUGACGGAACGUUAUUUAGAGAAACCAAAAUCCCCUAUUUUUGAUAGGCCAGAUUCGCCUAAAGCUAUUGAUAAGACUGAAGAAUCACAUGAUAAAGAUAGAUCUCCCAGUGUAGCUAGUGAUAAAUCAGAUAGCAAGAAAGUAAGUGACCGCUCUAGAUCACCAAGCGUUUCUGUAGAAAAAGUAGAUUUCGAGAGAACCCGAUCGCCUAGUGUCACAAGUAUUAAAGAUGACAAACUGGAGCAGCUUCCAGUAGCGAAAUCACCCGAAGUACCAAAAGACGUGUUGAAAUCUCCGAAACUUGAAGAAGAUAAAUCGGAUGUGAAAGACAUAAUGCAACCUCCAUUAGACGAAUCACAAUCACCGAGUGUAACAAGCGGCAUUAGUGAACCUAAAGAACCAGAUCGUUCAAAAUCACCCAGUACCGCUGGUGAAAAACCGGAUAUAAAGGAUGUGACGGAAACACCGAUGGAGAAGUCAAGAUCUCCGAGUGUCAUCAGUGUUGAGAGCGAGCAAAAAGAACCAAUUGAUCGUUCCAAGUCUCCGAGCAUCGCAGGAGAAAAAAUAGACUUAAAAGAUGUUGCAGAACCUGCAGAUCGAUCAAAAUCGCCAAGCGUAACUGGAGAAAAACCAGAUUUGAAGGAUGUCAUCGCAGAGAAAUCGAGAUCUUCUAGUAUUACAGGAGAACAAAAAGAAUCGCUUGAUCGUUCUAAAUCUCCGAGUAUUGCUGGAGAAAAACCGGAUUUAAAGGAUGUCAUAGAACAAUCCGAUGAAAAAUCAAAAUCAGCUACCGCGAUGAGUGCUACGACUGAUUCGAAGGGACUCGAAGAUCGAUCGAAAUCGCCGAGUAGUACUGAUUUAACGGAUAUUACAGAACAAUCGUCGCUGGAUAAAUCCAAGUCACCUAGUGUCACGAGUAUUACGUCUGAUCAGAAAGAAUCAAUAGAAAAAGCGAAAUCGCCAAUUCCGGAUAAGAAGGAAGAACCUGACAGGAGCAAAUCUCCAAGCAUAACAAGUGAAAAGUCUGAUGAGAAGAAAUCUGCCGAUGGCUCGAAAGCGACCAGUGUUACGGAGGAAAAACCAGAUCUUAAAGACGUGAUGGAACCACCAGCCGAUAAAUCCAGAUCAUCAAGUGUUGCGAGUGAGAAAGCGGAAUUAUUUGAAAAAUCGACAUCGCCUGUUUCUGACAAAUUAGAACCACCUGUUGAUCGAAGCAAAUCUCCUAGUGUUGCUAGCGAUAAGUCCGAUGAGAAGACAUCGGAUGACAAGGGUAGUGUUAAAGAACAUGAAAGUGCUGGUGAUAAAUCUCCGAGUUUCGUCGACAUGAAAAUACCGCACGAAAAAGCUGUGGAGGAGAAACCUUCAACAGUUUCUGGAAAAAUGGACGUUAAGCCAGACGAUAUUAUAUCGUAUGACAGGCCGAUAUCUCCAAGCAUUGUUUUUGAUAAGCCGGUAGAUGACAAUAAACAGCCAAUAGAAGAAAUGGAUGUUGACGGAUUAAAAAUGUCUGGUAUAAUCGAUGAUUCGGAUAUUAUCGAUAAGAUAAGAUCAUUAAGCAUUAUCAGUGAUAAGACGGAACCGAAAUCACCAUCCGAUGUCUCAAAGUCACCGAGUUUAGCCGAUGAUCAAAAGGAUAAGUCUAGAUCAUCCAGUGUUGCCAGUGAAAGGCUUGAUGAUAUUAAAGUUUCGCAGAUACCAGAAGUAAAGGCAGAACGAUCAAUUUCGCCAAGUUUGGAUACCGGAAAGAUCUCGAAAAACGAAUCUGCUAAAUCGUCGCGAGCUAGUUCGCCAGUGGAUAAAACUCCAAAGGAUCGAUCACGUUCGCAAAGCGUCUUCGAUGCUGGUGAGAAAACACCGGCUAGCAGAUCUAGAACGGCCAGUUUAUUUGAUGAUAAAUUAUCAGAGAAGCUACCUCCUCAAGAGGAAAAACAUUUCGACAUGGGGAAACCACUUGAUGAGAAGGAUGAAUGUAAGAAAGAUAGUAAGAGUCCCAUAACUUCUCCUGAGACAAUCGAGAAAAAAAUGCAGAAGAUCCGCGAGAAACGAUUUGCCGAUUUUAAAGAACCGGAUGUCGGACAACCGAGCAAGAUAGAGAAAUCAGAUGAUGAAGAAGAAGACGUCGUUAAAGUGACAGCCGAGAAGAAGGCGGAGAUCGAGAAGUACAUCUUAGAUGAGUUUAUCGUGAGGAAAAGAAAGAUCAGUCUGAUAGUGAUCGAGAGAUUAGUUAUGACGUAUUCGGUGCCCCAAUUUAUAGUAAUGGAGAUAAUAGAAGACAUUAUUAACCGGCAAAAUAUGCCUAGAAGCGCAGUCUUCGAUUUCGUAGACGAUGAAGCCUCCGAGCCUCAAUACGGAAAAGAAUCAGAAACGGAACCGCUGGCGCCGCAAGAAAGAGCAAAAGUAGAAGAAUAUAUUAUUGAGGAAUUCAUUACGAAAAAAAAGAAGAUCACGCCGGAAGCCUUGGAAGAAAUGGUCAUUGUUAAAUCUGUGCCGCGAUACAUUCUUAUUACAAUUAUUGAAGAGAUCAUUGUGAAGAAAAAAAUACCUAGAAGCACUGUAAUUGAAGGUGACUUAGGAGAACCGAAAGAAAAAGAUCUGGAUAUUUCUGAAGAAAGAGAGCAACUCAUUAUGUCAACUAGCGUGGAUUUUGGAAAAGUAACUCAAGAUGUUACUCAAGAGGACAUUCACGGUCAUGAAAAAUCAGGCGACACUACAAAAGGCGAAAGUCUGGAUGGCAAGAUAUCUCCUGCAGGGAGUGAUCGAUAUGGCAGGGAUUCGAAAGCAGCGCUUUCUGCUAGCCCCAGUUUAAGUCCGGAACCUAUUCCUUCCGACAAAUCAACUCAGGAUAGUCCAGCUCGAUCGGAGCCGCAUAUAGACGAGGAGAUCCUGAUAUCAGAAGAGAAGCGAAUGGAAAUCGAAAAGCUCUUGGAGGAAGAAUACAUAAAGAAAGGAAAGAAAAUUACGGAAGUGAUACUCGAAGAGAUAAUCAUCAUGACUUCUUUACCCAGGUAUAUUAUCUUAGAGAUACUGGAAGAAAUUAUAUUAAAGAAGAAGAUCCCAAGAGAAUCUGUGAUCGAUGUGGAAAUUUAUCAAGAGGAAGAACCAGAAGAGGACUACGAUAAGGCAAUAUUUCACUAUGAGGGAACAACAGACUACGAGCUGCCGCAUGAUGCCAGGGAUAUGUAUCCGGAAUCGGGUGAGCAACAGUUGGACAAAUCCGAUUAUCCACCGGAUUACGAGAGCCAGUUUCACAAGGCCUUCGUUGGUGGUAUGACGGAGAUGCGAACGACACAUAUAACCACGUUGUCUGGAAAAUCGACUCCAGAAUUUACACAUGACGCGACUUCCAAAAUCGAACCAACCGGCAAAGUGCCCGAAAAGUUGUCGGAAUCUACUCUAACCACAACUCACAUAACGAGAACAGAUGUGGAAGACAUAAAAGCUGUGCAAUCUGCUCAAACUGUUACGCUAUUGAGAGAAAGCAAGAUUGCGGAAACUAUCGAUAAAGAAAAACCUGAAGAAACUGCGAGGAUUUCGGCAACAGUUACAUCCGGUGAUCAUGCGGUCGAAUCGAAUGGCGACGCUAUUGUAAGUAAGACGACAAUCAAACAUGAAGUGAUUAAAGAAGAGGAAUCUGGGAAGACAACUGAAGUUAUGAAAGGAAUUGAACCACAAGAAACAGUCAAAGAAAUUAAACAGCCGAGUAUUCAACAAGAUGAGCCCGAAGCGAUUACCGAAAUCAUCAAGAGGGAAAUUAUGGAACAUGACGAGCCGGAAGUAGUCACUAAAGUUAUCAAACGCGAAAUUAUUGAACAAGACGAGCCUGAAAUUAUCACAAAAGUGAUCAGACGCGAGAUUGUCAUUCCUGACGAAGAAACCGGCGACUUGAAGGAAGAUUCUGACGAAUAUAUGAAGACUAUUACAACGAGAACAACACGAACAAUCGUGACAGAGGAAUUAGCAGAUACCGAAUUAGCACAAGCUGAUCCUUCGAAAAGUUACACAGAUCCUACCUCAGGUACAACCUACAAAGUUCUGAGUGACGAAGGUGCGUCUGACGCAGCCAGCGCCGAUGUAAAGCGAAUAGUGACGACCGUAACCACGAUUACCGGACCGGACGGAAAAGUUACUACGAAGACAGACAUCAAAGAGAGCACGGAUACUUUGGCCGGUGAGGAAUUAUUAGAAAAAUUGACGGAAAGUACCCAACCUGCGGAAAAGAUCAUCAAGGAAACGAUUACGACCGUGACAUCGGGCACUACAACGCCCGACGUAAAAGCUUUUUAUUCCGAUUCUGGUAAAUCAACACCUGAUCUCAAACAUGAAACUAAACUUGAAUCUACAAUAAAAGAACACUUAGACACGGACAAAUUUGAACAUCCGGUAUCUCCUUUGAUACGAGAACUUAUAUCUGAUGACAAAAGUUAUUCGGGUAAGUCUUCACCAGAUAUAUCGCUGCCCAAGGACAUCGUCUUCAGUGGCAAGUCUACACCAGAGGUUCCUAUGUCACCGUUGAUCAGAGACGGCGCUGUAGUUCAACCUCACGUAUCGGGUAGAUCGACGCCUGAUAAAAGAUCCGAUUGUCGAUCCUCAACGAGCACACCGGAAGGAUUUAGAUCGGGCGAGAUGAUCCGAACUAUCGUCACGACUACGAAGACGGUAUCCGAUGAAGGUGAAAUAGUAACGACCACCAGGGAGGUCACAGAAACGACAAAUGAGAAGGGCGAGACAGUUGUGUUGGCGGAGAAAACUGAUGUAAAGGUAGACGAACGUUUGCCAAGCAAAGAUGCCGCGGAAAGCGCGAUCAGUAGCAUUAUUGGCAGCAUCAAAUCCUCGGAGUUGCAACGUGGCGGUAGUCCCGACGAAGUAAUCAGCGAAAAGGAUCCGGCCAGUCCACCGAGUGAACAUAGUAGCACACGUAGCAAAGUCAUGACACACCCAUGGGGUAGCAGCGAGGAGCGACAUACUUAUUCUGACGAUGAACCACCCAGUUCGUCUCUUUCCUCAACCUCGCAAGUCGGAUAUUCACCGCAAGCAACGCGUCGCUAUGAAUCAUCUUCUGAUAAGCAAGAGGAGCAGAAACAAGUGGAAUUCUCGGCGGCCGCGAUGAGCAGCAGCUUUUACGGUGAGCUGCCAGCGGUACCGCCUCAGAUAUCUGCUAUGAAAACCUUCCACGGUGAGACUGGUAUGCAGAAGAGCAGCGAUCCCAUUCACAGUCGAUUCACAGUGGAAAAGGAGCCCGCCGGGGGUUAUGGUGAAAAACCGGACGCAAAGAGAUACGUCGACGAGGCCGACCUCGACUUCGAUAAAGCUUUGAUGGAUAAAGAGAUGAAGGAGGCUGGAGGGACCUUCAGCAGCGGAAUAGCGCCCAGAUACACGAAUGGUAGUCUUCGACAUGAAGCAACGGACGAAAAAGAUCAUCCAUCGUCUUCGUUCCGAGAUGAUAAAGAUGAUUCAAAAGGUGACUCGAAGAAAGAUCCUUUGGAGGGAUGGGGGACCCCUCUUGGGCUGCCGUCUCCUAAACCGCCCAAAAAGUUUAAUUUGAAGAACUCUACUCAAUCUCCAUCGUGCUCAAGUGAGACAACUUCCGAUACUUUGAAUUUUGAUGUUGUAAAAAAUUGGGGAGAACCUCUUAGGCUGCCUUCCCCCGCACCAGUGACCAAUGAAGUAUCGAACAAGGGAGCGCCCAGUACACCGAAAAAAGAGCGGAAACAAGCGAAGAAGAUUCAAUCGGAAAACAUUAAGAACAAAAAACGUUCGGAAAGUCCUGGUAAGAACGAGAAAAAGGUGAAAGAUUCGAAGAACAAAGUCCAACCGGUUUACAUGGAUUUGGCGUAUGUGCCUCAUCACGGAAAUUCGUACUACACAUCCUUAGAAUUCUUCAAGAGAAUCCGAGCAAGAUAUUACGUCUUUAGCGGCACCGAGCCCAGUCGGGAAGUCUACGACGCUCAAACCUUUAAUGAUUAUUUUUAUAUCUUUUUUUUUUCAGAGGUAACCAUGAUUCCGACCUAUGACACCGAUACUUUGGGCUACUGGGUCGCCGAUAACGAGGAAGCGCUCGCGGCGAACCAUAUAGAUCUAUCGCCGUCCGCGUCCAGGUGUACUAUCAAUCUCCAAGAUCACGAGACUAGUUGCAGCGCCUACAGGCUCGAGUUCUAGGGAUUGGCAGCCUGCUCAGCCGUAAUAGUCGAGUUCUGAGCGGCGUCCGGAAUGCGUUAUCAUUCUGCGUUUUCGGACCCAUUUCUAC